CUCGAACCACCCGUGUGACGUCACGGGUGAGCAGGAUGCCAACUCGCAGCGCGACAUGAUUGCGCACAAGCGCCGCCGCGAUGUUAUUGUUAGUAAAAACAACAAGGCUGAUAUUAUGAAUUGCUCGCGCGGCGCCCUUUCCACUUGGCCGACCUUCGGAAGUCAAACGUGCUGCCGGCCAGCAUCCUUCGCUUGAGCUCAGCCCGGCAUUAGAUGCUUGUGAAAUGAUCCCGCCAAGUGUCCGCCGCUGGACGCCCAAGCACGUGGCCAAGUGGCUGAAGGAUGAGGGCUUCUGCGAUUAUGUGGACCUGCUGUGCCACAAGCACCGGCUGGAUGGCAGCAGCCUGCUGGCCCUCAGCGAGUACGACCUGCGCUCCCCGCCGCUGGAGCUCAAAGUGCUGGGUGACAUCAAGCGCCUCAUGGCAUCCAUCCGCAAGCUUCAGAAGCAGAACCUGGACACGCUGGAGGAGCUGGGCCUGCCCUUCGACGGCCACUCACCCACCGGCUCGGGCGACUGGUUGUGCAACGGCGAGGCGGCGCGGGCCUGCGACGGUUCCGACACGGCACCCGUCGGCGAGGAGUACCAGAAAUACACCAACGGCAAGUACAAGCAGCAGACGCGGCGGCUGGACCCCGAAUGCUGGAAGACGGUGCUGAGCUCCGUCUACGUGGUCUUCGUGUUCGGGUUCACAUCCUUCGUCAUGGUCAUUGUGCACGAGAGGGUCCCCGACAUGGCCACGUACCCGCCCCUCCCGGACAUCUUCCUCGACAGUGUGCCUCGAAUCCCGUGGGCCUUCGCCAUGGCCGAGGCGUGUGGCGUCAUCUUGUGCAUCAUCUGGCUGAUGGUUCUACUGCUGCACAAACAUCGGUCCAUUCUCCUCCGGCGCAUGUGCAGCCUCAUGGGGACGGUGUUCAUGUUACGUUGCAUCACCAUGUUCGUCACCUCCCUGUCCGUGCCGGGACAACACCUGCAGUGUUCCGGGAAGAUGUAUGGCGACACGUGGGCCAAGCUGCGCCGGGCCGUGGCCAUCUGGAGCGGCUUCGGCAUGACGCUGACGGGCGUGCACACGUGCGGAGACUACAUGUUCAGCGGACACACAGUCGUCAUCACUUUGCUCAACUUCUUUGUCACAGAGUACACGCCGCGCAGCUGGCACUUCAUCCACACGCUGUCGUGGGUGCUCAACCUGUUCGGCAUCUUCUUCAUCCUGGCGGCGCACGAGCACUACUCCAUCGACGUCUUCAUCGCCUUCUACAUCACCACGCGCCUCUUCCUCUACUACCACACGCUGGCCAACACGCGCGCCUACCAGCAGAGCCGCCGCGCGCGCAUCUGGUUUCCCAUGUUCUCCUUCUUCGAGUGCAACGUCAACGGGCCCGUGCCCAACGAGUACUGCUGGCCCUUCUCGCGGCCCGCCGUCCUCAAAUUCGUCAUCGGCUAGAGGGGAGGCGCCGGCUGGCCAUCCGUCCAUUGGAGUGACUUUACACAGCCUGCCUUUGACUUGUGUUUGGUCGAAAGUAAGAAUCAGCCAAAAUUGUCUUUUGUCUUAAAGUGCGAUUCCAUUUGCCAAUGACCUUUGCCGUAGGUUUCCUUGUGUAGAAUUGGGGGACCAUUUUCCUAUCAGGGGCCAUACUAGAGUCCAUCUGGAGAACCUGGUGGUGCCCUGAGAUACGAGUGACCUGAUUCCAGUUGUAUGGUGGCAGCGAACGCACCUCAACCCACUUCACAACAAGCACCAAUUUGACACAAAGAGCCAUUCCUCAAAAUUGGUGCCUUCAAGCUGAUGAGUGCCACUCACAAUUGAUGUUCACCGUCAAACUAAACAUUCACGUAAUGCUAACACGGAACGGCAAAACCCUAGACGGCUAACGAAAGUAGCAUCAAUGUUGCGGUGCUUAUAGCGCUUGAAGCAGCUCAUAUGCAUCUAUUCUUUAGCCUCUGCAAAGAAUCACUGACUUCAGUUUAUUGAGUCCCUUAACAGUAAUUCAGAAACUGACUGACUGUUUUCAUUUCGUCAAUAUUUUUGGGGAAGAAAUGAAUGGCAUUUUCAGCUUUUAAAGGGGAAAGAAGACUUGAGUUGUGAGUGUGGCCAUGCAACAAAUGAAACUCGUAUCUGAAGGCACAACUGUAAGCAGCUAAAUUGCACAAUGGAUUCAAUUCACUUUUUCUCCCAUACAUGGAAAAUGUAUUUAGAGAAGAAUCUCUGAAAUUAUUUACAGGGACUUGAAAAUAAGGGAAAAGUGGAUGCGAAGAAAAUAAUGCAAACUUAUAAAUUAACUUUUUUUUUAAUAAUUGCAUGUUGGACGUGAUCUUAUGUUCUGACGAAGCCAUACCUGCUCCAUGUACUGCAGGUUUCCCACCCCUGACGUAGUAUUACUACUAAAACAAUGUUCUUUCGUUAUUUAAGGGAUAUCUGUAAAAUGUGUUAAUUUAUUCAAGUGUGUGUUUCUUAUUUUUUCUACUAAAGCGGCAACAUGCACACACCACAGACUUAAGUUUAUAAUUGCUCAAUAUUGUGUGUGUCUGUUUUUAAUGGUGAACUGAGUCUUUGAUUGGCAACAUGGUCUGAUAUGAUGGAGGGAAAAAAAACCCACUCAGCUACAGUAUCAACAUCUCAUCUUAACAUUUGAACUGUUACAGAGGACAUUCGUUCAUUCAUUCUCGACACCGCCUGUUCCACAAAGGGUCGCUGGAGCCAAUCCCAGCCGAUUUCGGGCGGUAGGCGGAUUCGCCCUGGUACCCACAGCGUCACUGUGCACAAGUCGGGUGACGAUAACAGAUGACGUAUGGCAAAUGUGAAACUGAACAGCCAAGUAUAUCUUGAGCGAUUUCAGGAAAUAUAUAUAAGUGGGUGAACCGUGCAGUAAGGCUUGGUGAUGAAAUGCUCUCUCCACCAAGAAUUGGAACUUACUUUGUCGAUCCCUAAACUUAGGAGUGAGGUACUUUGUGGUUGGCUAUGUGUCUAGAUGCGCCAAAAAACUUUGGUUGUAAAGAGACAAAUAAGGUACAGACGCCCUGUAAAGUGUGCCAAUGACAACUAUGGCAAGCUCUGCUCUGAAAUGGGAUGUUGACGAAAUAUGCUGCAGACAUGUUGGUAAGACCCCUGGCAACUGUUUUUUUUUUUCAAAAUAAAUUAAUGUGCAAUC